CCUGAACCGACAGAUAACCGAGGAGGCUAUGGUCUGUCGGUGUCCAUUCAUCUUUCUGUUGUAAUGACGUCUGGACGGUUAUUUUAAUUCAAACGUUGAGGCAUUCGAGGAUUCAUCCGCCCGACCCCGAUUCGGCGUCGGGGAAAGCGGGGCCGAGGCGGGUGGACGGACAUCCGUGAAGAAAUGGGAAGGAGAGCGGAACCGAUGCAGUGGCUCUCGGCAAGGCAUCGUCAAAAUACAGGGCAGUGAUGCCUGGGAUGGUGAUGUUUCGGCGGCGCUGGUCAGUUGGCAGUGAUGACCUGGUGCUGCCCGCCCUCUUCCUUUUUUUAAUACACUGCGUCUGGUUGGUGGUUCUAUCCGUGGUCCUGUUUGGCCUUCCGUACAGCUCCGACCAGUCAUGUUCCGCCACACUGGUGGAUCAUGGCCGAGGGUACCUGGGAAUCCUGGUUAGCUGCCUUAUUUGUGAGAGUGCCAUUAUGUGGUUAAGUAUGAGGGGCAGCAUUUUGUACACGCAGCCCAGGGAAGCUGUUCAAUAUGUGAUCUACAUUCGGCUAGUUAUUCUCUUGGUCGAGUUUGUUUAUGCUGUUGUGGGAAUUGCCUGGCUUGUCCAGCAUUAUCAGCCAUGUUCCGAUGUCACGGCCAAAAACUUGGCUUUGGGAAUUGUGGCAUGCAAUUGGUUGGUGAUACUCAGUGUUUGCAUCACCCUCACGUGCACCUUUGAUCCUACUGGACGGACUUUUGUCAAACUGAAAGCAACUCGUCGGCGUCAACGAAACCUCACUACGUACACGCUCAGACACAGACUAGAAGAAGGUCAGGCCAGCAGCUGGAGCAGGAGGCUGAAAUUUUUUAUGUGCUGCACAAGAGCCCAGGAUACACAAUCAGAUGCAUAUUCAGAAGUGGCCAGCCUUUUUGCAGAGUUCUUUAGAGACCUGGACAUCGUGCCCAGUGACAUCAUUGCUGGUCUGGUACUUCUUCGCCAGAGACAGAGGUCUAAGAGGUCAUCCAUCCUGGACCAGGCCAACAAUGACAUUUUAGCGUUCUUAUCAGGAAUCCCAGUCACUCGUAAUACUCGAUAUCUGGACCUAAAGAACUCUUCUGAGAUGAACAUGUACAAAGAUGUGUGUUAUUACAUGCUCUUUGCCCUGGCUGCAUAUGGUUGGCCCAUGUACCUGAUGAGGAAGCCCGGCUGUGGGCUGUGCCGCCUCGCCAGCUCCUGCCCCUGCACCUCGGUGUCUGGCUCUCGGCUGUCUCAGUCCGUGACGGUGGAGGAGGACAACUGCUGCGGCUGCAACGUCCUGGCCAUACGCCGACACUUCCUGGACAGGGAUCUCAAGCAGGUCCACAUUGUCUACACUUCCUGCCACGAUGCUGUGUAUGAGACGCCGUUCUUUGUGGCCGUGGAUCAUGCUAAGAAGAAAGUUGUCAUCAGUAUCAGGGGGACCCUCUCUCCAAAGGAUGCUCUGACUGAUCUGACAGGAGACUCUGAGCGUUUGCCUGUGGAGGAGCAGCAGGGCUCCUGGCUCGGCCACAAGGGAAUGGUUUACUCAGCAGAAUACAUUAAGAAGAAAUUGGAGCAGGAAAUGAUCUUGUCACAAGCGUUUGGAAGAGACUUGAGUAAAGGUACCAUGCACUACGAGCUGGUGAUAGUGGGACAUUCUCUUGGUGCAGGCACAGCUGCUAUUCUGUCCUUCCUGCUCAGACCUCAGUACCCCACUCUUCAUUGCUACUCUUAUUCUCCACCUGGUGGCCUUCUCAGUGAGGAUGCCAUGGAGUACUCCAAAGAGUUUGUAACUGCUGUGGUAUUAGGAAAAGACCUAGUGCCAAGGCUCGGCCUUUCACAGCUGGAGGGUUUCCGACGACACCUUUUGGAGGUCUUGCAGAAAAGUAACAAGCCAAAGUGGAGGAUUAUUGCAGGUGGUACCAAAUGCAUUCCCAAAUCAGAGCUUCCAGUAGAAGAUGACGAUCCUCAGUCGCAGCCGGCAGCUCCCCCCAGCAGCCGCCUGUGGCUUCACCCCAGUGACCUCAGCAUCGCCUUGUCAGCCUCCACACCUCUCUAUCCUCCUGGCAGGAUCAUCCACGUGGUGCACAACCACCCACCAGAGACGUGCUGUGGCCAGGAAGAGCCAACCUACUCAGCUCUGUGGGGGGAUAACAAGGCGUUCAAUGAGGUCAUCAUAUCACCCGCCAUGCUGAACGAGCACAUGCCCCACAUGGUGAUGAAGGGUCUGAACAAGGUGCUGGAGAACUACAAUAAAGGGAAAACGGCCUUGUUGUCAGCAGCCAAGAUCAUGGUGAGCCCAACAGAGGUAGACCUGAACCCAGAGUCUUUGUUUGUGGAUGCAUCGACGGCCUCUCAGCAGCCGACACCCGCAACCCACCAUCGCAGGAACAGCAGUGUUCGACAAAAAACCUUGUUACGUUCCGGUGCCCAGUCGGAAAUAUCUCUGGAUGGUUUCUCUGAGUGCCCUCCUCCCCCAGUGCCUGUAGUACUGCGUGGGGCACGGGAGCGCCUGGCAGUGGAGCUGAGAGACCGCAAGGCACCGCUGGCCAUCAUGGAGAGCCUCUCAGACGCAGAGUCUCUCUAUAGUCUGGAUUCCCGACGCUCCUCAGCUGCGUUGAGGGGUUCACCAAUGCUGGGUAGCCUACCGUUCCCAUUAGAUGCCCCCAUACCAGAGGAAAAUCCAUCUCUCAGCUCUCGCACUGAAUUAUUGGCUGCAGACUGCCUCUGCCCUGAAACACCAGAGCACCUGGGGGAGGUCGGACCCUUCUUAACCCCACUUGAGUCCAGAUCCACUCCAGAUUAUCCCAUGAGGCUGUCUCCUGCCACACCUCGCUACAGUGGAAACCAUUCCCCAGCCUUUUUGACCCAGAGUCUCUUGGCUCGUUCAUCCAAACCAGAGUCCAACCCCUUGCCAACAGUGCUUCAUGAUGGGGACCAGAUUCCUGGUGUCUACAGCCCUGGGAACUCUCCUAAUGCUCCAUUGAGCCCACAAGUUGGCUCAAGACGGUUAGGUGCAGAAACCACACUGGCAACUUCAAAUCUUCCACCCCAGCUAUCCAACGGGAACCCCAGCCAAGCAGUACUAGAGUUUGCUCAGUAUUUAGACUCUCUGUUCAGACUGGACGGCAGCUGCUCACCACCCUUGGACCUGUCGGACGGGGAGUCUGAGUCUGGCCGGGGCUCUUUUGGCCAGGGUGAGUGUCUUGGAGAUGGACAGCAGUUGGAAGACUCGCAGCUACUAGCCAGAGCAACGCUGGAGCCCAACCUCGUCCCCAAGCCUCCACGUACUUUUGCUGGGUCUGCUGACCCCUCCUCAGGCAUAUCCUUGUCACCCUCUUUCCCUCUUUCAUCAUCUGAGGAGCUAAAUGACCUUUCCCCAAGCGAAGGUGCCCCACCAACCAUUCACUCUCUACGAACAUCAACUCCUUGUCACUGUCCUGAAGAGAACACUCUAUCGUCAUUGGUGUAACGUGCUCUGAAGACCUCUUUGUCACGUAGAGAGGGGCAGUUAUCCAAAUGUUGAAACAUAUCACAAAAUACGCAUGCAAUGGAAUACAGUCACUUAUCAGAAAACCCGUGAAAGGAACUUGACUGGUCAACACGCAGAUUCUAUCCAUUCUUCAGGUGUCUCCUUUGAACUUUUGGAUGUUUUACACUACUGCAAUGAUGUUACCUCUCUGUGCAUGCCAGAGGGCUGUGCUGCUUUAGAGUGUAUAUAAACAACUGUAGCUUCACAAUGCCAGUUCACAACAACGACUCACCCACAUGGAGACACAGCUACAAAUCACGACCUUAAAAUCUAAGGGGAGAAGCAGGAAAUCAGAAACGUACACUGUAGAAACGGUUAGGAUAGGCACAUCAUCUGAGCUGGCGUGAUGUACCACUUCCUGCAUCUUCAUCAGCUCUGGAAACUUGUACAGCUUUGAUUUUAAUUUAUUUUAUACAUUGCGAAUGUGAAGAUGGACAUGUUUGUUUUUAAACCGACGUAAGAAGACGAUAAGAGAAGUUCCUCAGGUCUACAAAGAACAGACUUUGAGAAAGAGAGUAAGUGUGCGAUGUUGGUGAGAAUACACGUGUCUUAAACUUUUAGUGAUUGUGGGAAAAGUUAUUACAGAUGCCUAUGGAUGUUUUUGGAGUCUUUUGGUUACACUUUAUAAUGCAUGAAGACUUUCUUUUUUUUUUAAAUUAAUUUAUUCGUGAGGAGAACUUGUCACCAAGCCACUCAGAUUUACAUUUUGUUACUCUUGCACACAUUAAAUAGCUCAGUUUACCCCCUUUGCCAAAAAAGUUACAUAUUGUCUUGCCAAAUGUAUUUAUAAGAUGUGAUUUUGUAUAUGUAUAUUGCUUUAUUUAAACGCAGGCUCAGUUCAGUGUUUUCAUUCUAAUUAUUCAGUCAGUUCUCAUGCAGACUGUUACGCAGCAACAACACAGAUAAGGUGUCAUCCUGACAUUUAAAAGCCACCGUGGCUUUCAUUUCAGAAACACAACUUCUGCACAUCGGGUGUGAACAAACAAGAAACUUGCUGAUAACCUCCUAAAUACUGUAUAUUUCUCUUAGAAGAGCUCUUGGCAACAUGCACGCUUCAUGAAUUUCAAAGUAGCAUGGCUGAUGUAGAACAAGUCUUGUCAUCAAGUCACAGUAAAUCUGCUCUAACAUCCGGAAAUGGUCAUAAACUCCAGCUUUUUAGAGCUUAAUCAGAUGCCCUCGUUGCAGCACAGAACCAAAUUGUUUAUUCUAAAAGUGUCUCAGGAUGUUUUCUGUGAUUCUGAAGGUGCUCUCAGUAGGUUUGGACAUGAAGGUGUUUUUCUUCCCUUUAAUCUGGCCCACCUCAGAUGUUUUUUGGACUGAAUGCACAGAUGGGCUUGAACAUAAUGCCCAUUUUUAAAUACUCACGUGGAAUUCAAUCUUCCAUAUCACUCCGGGUGUAACGGUUGCUCAUAUUUUGCAUUAUUUAGUACAGUAAAUGUUUUGAUCACCUUUAAAGAUAUAUUUGAUGGUAUUAUUAUCCUUCUUGCUUCUGCAACAAAUUGGUUUGAUGUCGGUGUUUUUUUUUACCUCCGUUUUCAGAACAGUGUGGGGAUUUUUUUUUUUCCCCAAAUGCAAGAAGAUUUGAGCUUUUUUCUGUCUGAGUGGUAUUUACCAUAGCAUGAUGAUGGUAUUCCUUUUCCAUACAAAUUUGUCAAAGUGGCGAUGUGUGCUGCACAGUUCCAGCCUUUUCACGGCGACCUUUGGUGCACAACCACCUUUACGCCUAGAGUCAUGAGUUUUUGCACAAACUCUAAUUGGAAUACCAUUUUCCAGCCAGUUUGCAGUCUGACACUUCAUAGAUCAUGCUGCCAGUCCUUUAAUGCUUGACCAGCAGUUUUCCUACCUUCAGUAGUUUUGCUUUCUGCUGGUCUCACACCAAACUGUGGAUGGAAAGCUCAGAUUAUUUUUUUCCUACCAUGAUGUGUACAGCACUGUCUUUUAUGUGUAAUUAUUUAUGCAGAUGUCUAUGAAAAGAUGCAUUCCAAAAGGAUCAUGUAGACAACAACUAUAUAAAAAUAAGACAAUAUCUUUGAGAUAAAAAUGCUUACAUGUAGACGAGUUACAACUAUUGGGAGAUUUACAAAUUGGUCGAUACUGAAAGGAAUAAUUCAGUUAUGUCUUGUCCAUGUUAACCUGGUUUGCAUCCCUUCCUUUCCUGCCCCACAACGAGAAUGUAUUGGACUCCUCUCCCUCACUGCCCUGCCUGUAAUAAAAUAAAAUACAAAUUAAAAGAGAAAAGUACAA